AUGUUGAUGGAUGAUUAUAAAUAUCUGUUCAAAGUCGUUCUGAUUGAUGUCUUCCCAGCUGGUCAAGCAGCGACGAUCGGUGUCGAUUUUCUAAUCAAGACCGUGGAAGUCAAUGGCGAAAAGAUCAAACUACAAAUAUGGGAUACAGCUGGCCAAGAACGUUUCCGCUCAAUAACACAAUCAUAUUAUCGUUCCGCGAACGCUUUAAUCAUUGUUUUUGACAUAAAUAACCUUGCUACAUUUUCUAGUCUUCCCGAUUGGGUUCGUGAAGUGAAAGCAUAUGCCAACAAUGAUGUUCUAUGCACACUUGUUGGUAAUAAAUGUGACCUCGAUGAACGUGAAGUUCCAACACAUGUGGCUGAACAAUUCUCGGAAAAGAAUGAUAUGUGGUAUCUCGAAACUUCCGCGAAAAUGAGCGAAAAUGUCGAGAAACUAUUUCAAACGAUUGCCGAAGAAUUAACAAUGAGAGCAAAAGAAUCAAGUGCAAGUGUGUCUGAUAAUGCACAUAGUCCAUUUCCCAAUGGAGAUCAACAAACUAUACCGGUGAAAUCGAACUGUUGUUAA